AUCUAGUAGUAUUAUUAAAACUAAUGACUCAACCUAAAAUCAAAUAUAAUAUGACAAAUAAAAAAUAUUUUUAAAUAUAUUAGUAUAAAUAGAUAAAGGAUUUAACAAUACUAUUAUUAGCACUAAUUACUUUUCCUAAAAUCAUGAAGAACAUUAAAUAUAAGAUAUAUGAUAUUAUUACUAGAAUUUGUUAAUAACUUAAUAUCUAUUUACUAAUUAUUUCAAAUAUCAUGAAAAAUAUAUAUAUCAACAUAGAAUCUCAAAUAAUAAUACUAUUGAAACUGAUGAUUCAACUUAAAAUCAUGGAAAACUUGACAUAUCAACAAAAUUAAUUUUUAAAUAAUAGUAUAUAUAUCAUAAAAGAAAAUACCGUUAUAAUUAUCAAAUGUGUGUAAUGGUUAAGCUACAGUUAUGACAGGAAGACUCACACAUAACAAUCAUUCGGUGGCAUCAAUAGUCGCCUAAACUUAUUAGAUAAUCAUAGACAAUCAUCCGUAUGAUUUCGACACUGAACUUAUAAGAGUCACGAAAAUUCAUUGUGGUCCAUCUCUAAUAUCUGAAAACCCCGUAUAUUUACGUACUAGAUUCUUGGUUGAAAUUGAUUCAAAAUUUAAGUUAACCUAAGAUUAUUUUAAGAUUGCUAAAAUAAAUGAAACAUGAAAUUGAUUCAAAAUUUAAGAAGAACAUAAUUAUAAGAACAAACGCAAAAUUUCUUUUAAUCAUUCACGCGAAGACGCGUACGUCAAUUUAUAUUUGCUUCCAUGCUCUUUUGUUUUUGUUUUCGAAUUUCUAUCUGCAACUCUUCUCUUUCAACAUAUAGAGGACAAUCACUAGUCCAUAUACAUCAAGUUAGUUUACUAUUUUUAGGUCCAAACAGCGAAGUAGAUAGCACCAUCAAACUAAUUGGCAUAUGGAAAAAGAUAUGUGACUAUUUUGACUUCGAUCUAUUUCGAUCACUAAACAGUAGUAUGUUGUAUAUUCAAAACUCAGCCGUAGCAACAAUCAUUAUCAUCAUAACCACACAUGCAGAGAUAGGCAGAUCUUAUCCAAUGGCUAAUAACUUCAUCAAACUAUUUAUACAGCUGUGUAUUAUAGAAAAAAUAAGUUUAUUUAAAUAUAUAAAACCAUCUCUUUACUCAUAGUUUGUCCCAGCAGUACGGCCCCUAGUUUGAGAGCGAAGGAAAAUCUACUUCAAGACUUGGAACUUAUUAUACGAAUGCUAAAAGUGGUUCAAGAACUGGACCCACUUAGUCUGACCCACGUCACACUAUUCACCACAUCGAGGCUCCAACUUUUAUAUUGGCAACAUAUAAAAAACGUACUUUUUUGUGCAUUCUCCUUUUAUAUACGUAUAUGUUUUACAUAAAGAUGAGCUAAGCCAUGUGAGCCAGAUGGAUGACGGAGGGCCCAAGAGCCCACAACUUUUGGGGUUUUUUUAGUGAUAGAGAUAUAUACCGCAUCUUACUGUUAGUUUAAGCAUUGAAGUCUUUUCCUUUAUCUUAAACUUACAUGCUUUAAGUUUACUACUAUAAAUAGAAACUUCUACUCCUUGACUAUCAAGUCACUUGCUUCAAAUAACUUUUACAUCAUCAAAUUGAUAAGUUGCAUUGAUCAUAAAAAGAAGAAGAUGGGUUUAAUGCGGUCGAUACUUCCAAAUGCAAAUCAAAUCUUCAAAUUACAGUCUAUGAGGAACAGAAAAGGAUCACCAUCAUCAACAACAACUUCAGGGCUUGUUCCUAAAGGUCAUGUAGCGGUUUACGUUGGGGAAGGAUUGGAGAAGAAGAGGUUUGUGGUUCCAAUAUCAUACUUGAACCAUCCUUUGUUCAGAGAGUUUCUUAAUCAUGCAGAGGAAGAGUUCGGAUUUCAUCACCCAAUGGGCGGUUUAACGAUUCCUUGUCGAGAAGAAGCGUUUCUUCAACUCAUUACUUCUCAUCAGCUGCAUUGAGGAUUGAGGGACACAAUAAUUAAAUAUUUAAUUAGUAGUAUUGACGGUUUUGAUGAAUCUUCUUGUUCUCACUUUCUGUGAGGAGAAUUAUAGUAAAUUUAGUUGUGUGUAUAUGACUGUUUAAAAAGCUCGUAUUCCGAAAUAAGAUUGUAAAAGUUUUGCUGGUAUUUUUCUCAAAACAAUUUUUUUUGCUAGUAUUCAUACAUAAACCAUUAAAAUCUCAAGAUAAAGAGGCGGAUUGGAUUUAAGGCUUUAAAACUUGUGUAGGAACUUUAAAAGAUUGAGUUACAAUUUAGAAUUCCGAAGAUAAUAUUUGAGCGUUUUCACUACCUACUGUGACAUGGUUAGAUGAUAUAGUACUGCCUCUAAUAAUACAUCUAAAAAUAAAUUAUUAUUAAAAUGGAAGCUUUAUAUAUUGGGAAAUCUCUCUGUUACAUAAUUACAUUUAUUUAUUUUAAUAACCAGCUCUGACUUGCGUUAUAAAUAUAGUAUCCUAAAAAUAUAAAUAAGACUUCCUGCAGGAGUUUAAACUAUUAAAAGAAAUGGUGGCUCACAUGCACUCUAAAGAAACUAAAAUGGGUUGUAUGGGAUGAUAAUGUAACCGCGUUGAUAAUUCAAAAUAAGACACAUUUUCUUCAAAUAAAUAAUAUUUACUAAAUGAUUGAAAUAGUACUUCGCAAUUUUAUUUGAUAGUGAAACUUAUCAUAACAAAUACUAUAGCAGAUGAUCGGUUCACUUGGUCAGUCUGGACUUGGAUUUCGGCCCAAAUGGUUUAUAUGGUGGAUCGUAACAGAUGAUCGGUUCACCUCUUGACAUUAGUCGGAAGGUAUUUCAAACUCGGGUUAGACAGUAUGUAGUCAGUCCAUCCUGUAGCACUAAAUGCGUUCUUCCUGAGACCAACCGGAUUAGCUGAUAGCGUUUAUAAAAAAAAAAACAAAUACGAUACCUCAAUCAUUGCAUAUUUAGAUUGUCAAGCACAUGUUAGUCUCCGUUAUUAGGAAGAGAUAAUUGUGAUCAUAAUCAUGCAAAUGAAACGCAAUAACUGAAAUUUCUUAGAAUAACUAUCACUACAAGAAAACAUCGGUAUUCUGACGGACAUUCCGACGGAAAAUGAAAUCCUCGGAAUUUCCUCGGAAUAUACC